AGUAAAAAUCUUUACAUUACGUCGCCACCUAAUUGUGCAGUGUGCAACCAUAGUAGUUUAUAAUAAACAGAACAGUCAAUGUAACAUAGAAAUCAGUGUGAGUUAAUCAGUCUGAUGGCCUGGUGGAAGAAGCUAUCCCCGGAGCCUGUUGGGCCUGGCUUUUAUGCUGUGGUACCAUUUCCCUGAUGGUAGCAGCUGGAAUAGAUUGUGGUUGGGGUGACUCUAGUCCUCAAUUAUCCUUCUGGCCCUUUUAUUACACCUGUCUUUUUAAGUGUCCUGAAUCAUGGGAAGUUCACAACUACAGACGCGCUGGGCUGUCCGCAACACUCUCUGCAGAAUCCUGCGAUUAAGGGAGGUACGGUUCCCAUACCGGGCAGUGAUGCAGCCUGCAUCUCCCAAGGAGCUCAGUCUGCAAGAGGUCAUAGGGAGAGUCUCAAUCUGCUCAGCGAGGGAGGAUGAGCGAUACCAUGAUGAGGGGUAUAGUUCAAGUGGACUGCCAGAGACUUUGACCUGGGCUGGGAAUGGUUAUGGGGCAUAAUUUCAAGGUGAUUGGAAGAAAGUAUAAGGAAAUGUCAGCGUAACUUUUUUUUUUACAGAGAGUGGAGUGUGUGGAACAUACAGGCAGAGGUAGAUACACUGGAGACAUUUAAGAAACUCUUAGAUAGGCACAUGGAUAAUGGAAAAGUUGAGGGUUAUUAUGGGCUGAAUGGCCCAUACUGUGGUGUAAUGUUCUAUGUGCUGUCUGAAAGAAAAGGGCCAUAACAGUAAACAGGAGGACAUCUGUAGAUGCUGGGAAUUCAAGCAACACACACAAAAUGCUGGUGGAACUCAGCAGGCCAGGCAGCAUCUAUAGGGAGAAGCACUGUCGACAUUUUGGGCCGAGACCCUUUGUCAGGCCAUAACAGUAGCACAGUUGGCAGAGCUGCUGUCUCACAGCUCUAAGGACCCAGUUUGAACCCUGACGUCCACGACUGUCCGUGUGGAGUUUGCACGCUUUCCUGUGACCACGCAGGUUCCUCCCACAUUCCCCAAACAAGCAGGGUCGUCCACCACCUGGGUGCAAUGUUGUGCACGACAAGCCCAGCUCCAUCGCUAUCCAGCAACCUGAUGGUGGGCUAGAUCUGCUAUCCUUAAUGCUCUUAAUAUUCACAGUGUUCACCUCUGACUACUGCUCUGACUGUCACCACAAACACAAAUGCAAAUGCCCCUCCUCUUUUUCCUCCACCUGCACCCCAGAAUAUUCACCCCUGUGCAUCCCUAAGCCAUGUUUCUGGAAUGGCUAUAUCAGUCUAAGCCAAAUGAUAGCUAAUUUGAUAAAGAUAAAUGGAAAAUAGAACUGGGAGAAAUAAAGAAAAUAGGGAUAUUUCCUGUUGAAAUCCCAGCAUGUACAAUUAUUGUGACUCUAUGGGAAUCAGCAGCUUGUAAGGCUCUGAACAAACGGAUUUAAAACAGUAAGAACAGCAAGUUACCAAUCUUUUGCAAGACCAGGGGGGAACGGUGGUGGAGGCUGAUACGAUGGGGUCUUUUAAGAGACUUUGGGAUAGGUACAUGGAGCUUAGAAAAAUAGGUUAUAGGUAAGCCUAGUAAUUUCUGAGAUAGGGACAUGUUCGGCACAAUUUUGUGGGCCGAAGGGCCUGUAUUGUGCUGUACAUUUUCUACGUUUCUAUGUAAUCAGCACCCCUAUUUCAAUAGCCAAUCAACAGCUUCAUUUUAAACUCCGUGCAGCCUCAGCUAGACGGAUAGAAACGUCAAUGUGAUUGGCGAAUGUGUAGAAUAUGCAAAUAUCCGUCACAGACCCUAACCGAGAAAUGUGAUAAAUUUACAGAACAGAUCUUUUGCUCGAAUCGUCGGUUCCAAUAAAGCCAACAUGGUGUUUGAAAGGCGGUGAUGAACACGGGUACCAUUUGCUAUCGGUCACCCUGAUGUAAAGAGGGAGAGCAGGUCUGAAGGGAGCUUGAAGGGGGCGGGCCGCCGUGUUUGAUCGGCAGUUCGCCGCCAUGGAGGGUUUCGAUGCGGCGGCGGUGAGCCGGGCCGAGCAGACGGAGCUGUCGCGGAUGAUCGCCGCGGAGCAGCAGAAGGCGCAGUUCCAGCUGCGGGUGCACGGCUUCACCGACGUGUGCUGGGAGAAGUGCGUGGACAAGCCGGGCUCCAGGCUGGACUCGCGGACCGAGAGCUGCCUGGUCAGCUGCGUGGAGCGCUUCGUGGACACCACGCUGGCCAUCACCAACCGCUUCGCGCAGAUGGUGCAGAAGGGGGGACACUGACCGUCUGGCCGAUUGAAGGUGUCUCCAAGGUCAUUUCUUCAACUUCCUACUCCGCCGCACCUUCAUAACGCAUGCAGAUCUUCAGUGCAAGUCAUUCUGGACGUUGGAAUCCCAUUAAAGUCCUUGUUUCGUGAGUACUAUUGACUGGAGACUCCGACUCGCUGUGGAGUUUUUGUUAAUUUUCUGCACGGCCCUUGUAGGCUGUCCUUCAGUGAUACUGAAAGUCACGGCCUGGAUGAGGGAGCCGGGACGGAAUCAAGGACGAACCCGGACUCGUAACCAGAAUGUGGGGGGAUCGAUUGUUGCUGUGCGCCGUCACCGUGCCUGUGUUGAAAUCUCCCCCCGCUUCCGCAAUCAUGGGACGUGAAGUCAUGUUUGUACGCGGAAAUCAUCGCUCGUUCCGAUUUUGUCUUCAGUUACAUGUGCUUACCGGCAGCAUAAAGGACUGUCUCACGUAAAAGUGCGGCGUUAGUUCAAAGUCCAGUAACAGAAAUUCGCCCUUGUUAAUUUUUUGAGAUGUGGAAUUAAAAUGUGCUCUCACGAAAUUGA